AUGCCCAGAGCCCCAUCGGAUGCGGUGUCGCGGAUGGUCACAAAGUGCUGGCCUGCGCGUCGACCUGCAGCAGUUACCGCCACCGUGUGCGUCUCUUCCCUUCCUGAAGCUGAGGCGCACAACAGCGCCCCCUGGGAGAUCCAGUGUGUGAUGCGAGUAGUGGCUGCUGCGUCGUCGUAUUCACCAAGAGAAUACCGCUUUGCGAAUCCACCGGCCCUGCUGGCGGAGGAGGAGGCGGAGAAGGAGGAGCGCGCCAAGGAGAGCAAGAAGGGCAAGAAGAAGAAGAAGAAGAGCGGCGGCGGUGAGGCAGACAACGCGGCUCCUGGCCCCAGCGCCACCGCCGCUCUGCCGCCGCCAGCCCCACCGCCAGCCCCAUCUCCUCCGCCCGCCGACGCAGCCGCCAUUGCCGCGGCGGACGAGGCGCUGCAGCAGGCCGUGGCCGCUGGCUCGUACGAGAGAUUAGCCAGUGCGCUGGAGGCGUGCAGCGGCCUCGCAAGCCUGGCCGUGCUGGCGGCGGCGAGGCGCGCGCGCGACAAGCUCAAGGAGGCGCGGAGGAGGGACAGCCAGCGGCUGCGCAAGGCGCAUGGCGCGGCGAUGGGCGCGCUCAAGUCGCUCGACACCGCGGACAGCCCCUCCGCGCUCCGAGCGGGCAUCGCUGCUGCCAGGCCGCACGUGGGCGCGCUGCCUGCCUUGGCCGAGGAGGUGAGCGCGGCGGAGUCGAAGCUGGAAACUCUGUCUGUCGCCUCCGAGCCGGCCGCGGCGGAAGAGGCUGUUGCUCGGCCAGUCGAGAUAGCCUUGUCGGACCUCACCGCGGCUACCGACGGGUUUGCAGAGGGCAAGCUGAUUGGCAGCGGCGGCUUCAGCCACGUCUACGAGGCGUCGGCCGACCUCCACCUCUCCCUCGCCGCGCCUCCGCAGCUGCGCCACUUGCCGCUCGUCGUCAAGCGGGCAAAGUCGGGCCAGUCGGGCGGUUUGUCGCGGGCGGAGCUCGAGGUGAAGCUUCUCAAGGCGGUGAGCCACCCGCACCUGCUGCCGCUGCUCGGCUACUGCCUCUCGCCCGACGGCGUCUGCCUCCUCUCACCGCUGAUGCGCGGCGGCUCGCUCGAGGCGCGGCUGCGCCUCUCGGAUCCCGACCGCGCUGCGCAGCUCCGGCGGCUGGGCAUGGUAGAGCCGCCGAGGCCGCUGACGUGGCAGCAGCGCGUGCGUGUCGCGUGCGAGGCGACCGAGGCGCUCGUCUACCUCCACUCGAAGGGCAUCGUGCACCGCGACGUCAAGCCGGACAACAUCCUGCUCGACGAGAAGCUGACCGCCGUCCUUGCCGACACGGGCUUCGCCAAGGACCAGCGUCCCGACGCUUCUGUCCGCUGCCGCUCGACCGCCCUCUACAUGUCCACGGGCUACCUCUGCCCCUCCAUCUCCAAGGGGGGCGAGUACUCGAGCAAGACGGACGGCUACGCCAUCGGCAUCACCCUCCUCGUCUGCCUCACCAGUCGCUCCGAGGUGCAGCUCACCGACCGGUGCGAGGACGAGUUCGAGGAGGACUGGACCGACAUCGACGCAGUGAAGCUCGCCGACGUGGCUGCGGGCUGGCCAGUCGACGCGGCGCGCGCAGUAAAGGACCUCGCGCAGGCGGGGGACGGGCAGAAGAGCCUCUGCCACCACAGCUUGCGCAAGCGGCCCACGCUGCCCGAGGCGCUGUUGACGCUCCGGGCGCUGCUGUCUGGCGCGCAGGGCGGGGCGGGGGUGGAGGAGGCUGCGCCGGCACCUGGAGACGAGGCCGCUGCGGCAGCCGCCCGCACCACCGGCUACGAGCCUUCGCCGCUCUCGGUGCAGGUGCGCGGCAUGCGCACGGGCGGCGACGCGCAGGCGCGCAUCCAGGGCAACAUGCUGCUCGCCUUCAACACGCUGAUGCCGCGCCUCGACGCCGUCUACGCCUCGCGCUCUGCGGCGGCGCCCGACGGCUUCGAGGAGCGCAUCAACUAUUGGCACCGCGAGUGCGGCCUGCCUACCGAGCUGCGGAGCCAGCUGCACUCGCUGCGCAUCUGGGCGAACGCGGCGAGGCACCACGACGCGGCGAGGUGGAGGAGGGACGGGCCGCGGAGCGAGGGGGAGGCGUCGCGGCUAGUUGCCGAGGUGACGGAGGCGAUCGGGGCGAUCGAGGGGUAA